UUUUAUCAGCGAUCUAAUAUAACGAACGAAAAAGCGAAAGCAAUAAUUAAGCACAUCUUCAUUAAAAGUAACAUUUCAAAAUAAAAUGCAUUGUUUAAAAAAUACUAUAAGGUGUGGUCCAAUUAUCAAUUUAAACCGAAAUGGGGCCGUAAAAAAAUAUAACCAAUACUUUAAUUGUUAUGUAAAGUCUAGAACUUUAUCAAGUGGAAAUGAAAUACCAGUAACAACAAUAGACAAUAAAGAUAAUUUAGAAUCGGCACAGCUAAAAGGGGGAUUUGCCAAAGCAUUCGAGAAACAAUCUAAUUUAACCGAAUCUACUGAACAACCUCAUACAUUUGCUUCUCUGCUCCGUAAUUCAAAACUUGUGGAUCUCGGGGAUCCUGUUGGUAAAACAGUUAUUGGACAGAUAUUCCAUGUUGUUGAAGAUGACCUUUACAUCGAUUUUGGAUGGAAAUUCCAUUGUGUUUGCACCCGUCCAACAAAUAGAGGUAAUGAAUAUGUCAGGGGUGCAAGAGUUCGUAUUCAAAUUAAUGACUUAGAACUUUCAUCACGAUUCCUCGGUUCAAGUACAGACCUUACCCUUUUGGAGGCAGAUUGCAAGUUACUAGGUAUUAUUUCAUCACCUAUCCAUAGACCGAAUGUCAAUGAAAAGUAAGUAAUAAUUAGAAUUAAUUGUAGUUAUAGUUU